CUCGCCUGAGGUGGCGGGAGUCAGAAGUUUUGGGAGCCACGGCCUGAGAGAGAGGUCAAGGGUCAGUGCAAAAACCGAGGAAGAGAUGGUGAAGCAGACUAUCCAAAUUUUCGCCAGGGUGAAGCCCACUGUCCGGAAGCAGCAACAAGGGAUUUAUUCCGUAGAUGAAGAUGAAAAAUUAACACCUAGCUUGGAGAUCAUCUUACCUCGUGAUUUGGCAGAUGGAUUUGUGAAUAAUAAGCGAGAAAGCUACAGAUUUAAAUUUCAAAGGAUUUUUGAUCAGGAUGCAAAGCAAGAGACCAUUUUUGAAAACAUUGCCAAACCAGUUGCUGAGAGUGUCCUGGCAGGUUACAAUGGUACCAUCUUUGCAUAUGGACAAACAGGCAGCGGUAAGACAUUCACCAUCACGGGUGGGGCAGAGCGCUACAGUGACAGAGGCAUUAUCCCAAGGACACUGUCAUACAUUUUUGAGCAAUUACAAAAGGACAGCAGCAAAAUAUAUACAACGCGCAUUUCCUAUUUGGAAAUCUACAAUGAAUGUGGUUAUGAUCUAUUGGAUCCAAGACAUGAAGCCUCCAGUUUGGAAGAUUUGCCGAAAGUGACAGUAUUGGAGGACCCUGAUCAGAAUAUCCACCUGAAGAACUUGUCUCUUCAUCAGGCAACCACAGAGGAAGAAGCUCUGAAUCUGCUUUUCUUAGGAGACACCAACAGAAUGAUUGCAGAGACUCCUAUGAACCAAGCUUCAACCCGUUCCCACUGCAUUUUCACCAUUCACUUAUCAAGCAAGGAACCAGGAUCUGCAACCGUGCGACAUGCCAAGCUGCAUUUGGUUGACCUGGCUGGUUCAGAGCGAGUUGCGAAGACUGGAGUCGGGGGCCAGCUUCUGACAGAGGCCAAGUAUAUCAACUUGUCACUACAUUACUUAGAACAGGUCAUCAUUGCCCUCUCAGAAAAGCACCGCUCACACAUUCCGUAUCGGAACUCCAUGAUGACCAGUGUCCUGAGAGACAGCCUGGGAGGGAACUGCAUGACGACCAUGAUUGCCACGCUCUCUUUAGAGAAAAGGAAUAUUGAUGAAUCUAUAUCUACCUGCAGAUUUGCACAACGAGUGGCACUCAUAAAGAAUGAAGCUGUUCUUAAUGAAGAAAUCGAUCCCAGAUUGAUGAUUAUACGCCUACAAAAGGAAAUCCAGGAACUGAAGGAUGAACUGGCCAUUGUCACUGGGGAGCAGAGGACAGAGGAACUCACAGAAGCAGAGUUCCUUCAGCUGGAAAAACGAAUAACAUCCUUUUUGGAAGACCAGGAUCCAGAGAGUAAACUAGAGGUUGGCGCUGAUAUGCGUAAAAUUCAUCACUGUUUCCAUUAUUUAAAGAAACUAUUGAAUGACAAGAAGAUCCAUGGAACAAGCAUAGCCUCCUCUGAAAUCAAAGAUCAAAACAGUCAAGAACCAUUAAAAGAGGAAGAAUAUAAAAAGCUACGAGAUACUCUACAGCAGAGGGACAAUGAAAUCAAUAUUUUGGUAAAUAUGUUAAAGAAGGAAAAGAAGAAAGCUCAGGAUGCCCUCCACUUCUCCAGCAUGGACAGAAGUGAACUGAGAUGCUCCCAGAGCUCCCCCUUCCCACCUGGGAACCCGGAAGGUCCGAGGAUGUUGCCACCCUCAGCUCCCACUCAGGCCCCAGACUCCAGCACUUCUCAGUACAGAUCCAGUUUGCUCCAUGGAAAAACAGGGAUGAGAGAGGAAAUGUCAUUAGGACGCCAGGAGGCUUUUGAAAUUUUCAAGAGGGACCAUGCUGACAGCGUCACCAUCGAAGACAACAAACAGAUUCUGAAGCGGAGAUUUUCCGAAGCAAAGGCCCUGGGAGAAAGUAUAAAUGAAGCAAGAAGUAAAAUUGGUCGCCUGAAGGAAGAAAUCACCCAGCGGCACGUGCAGCAAGUAGCUCUAGGUAUCUCAGAAAACACACCCGUGCCCUUGACGCCAGACCCGCUGGAAGAGAAGCUGCGAUCCCAACUGGAGGAAGAAAAGAGAAGGUAUAAAGCAAUGUUCACGCACCUGAAGGCGCUGAAGGUGGAGAUUGAGCACUUGCAGCUACUCAUGGACAAAGCCAAGGUGAAGCUGCAGAAAGAGUUUGAAGCCUGGUGGGCAGAGGAGGCCACCAGCCUGCAGGUAAACUCCCCAGCAGUGAAUUCAUUGAAUCACAUGAAACCCUUUCCCCAGACGCCAGAAUCCCAGCACGAAAGGUCCCAGCUUCUCUCUAACAAAAGUUCUGGAGACUGGAAAGUCCCAGAUCAAGGUCCACAGGUUGUCUCUUGCAGUGAUGUGUAUGCCAGGAAAAUCCUGCCCUCGCCUGGCCCCCUCCUGCACAGCCAGGAGCAGAGCAGCCCCAGCACCCCACUGGAGGACAGGAUCCCGGAGAGGCCAGUGUCAUCGGUCCCGCUCACGGGGGACAGCCGGACAGACUCUGACAUCCUGGCGUUCAUCAAGGCCAGACAGAGCAUCCUGCAGAGGACAGGUUUCCAGUAAGCGUCCACCGUGCAUUGUGGCGGCAAGAACGGAGUACAGAUGAAGGCCCUGUCUUCAGCAGUGAUCUGUGGGCUGCUGGGGGCAACGGGUGACUUUGAUUCUGGUGGAGGGGCUGCUUCUUUAAGGAUGAUAUCUUGGAGGCUGCCAGUGAGGCUGGGGCCAGGCUUACGGUGCCAUCCUUGCUGUGGGUGCCGGAGCUGCUGGCAGCCCGGCAAUGCCAGGGUGCUGGGGCGGGAUGAGGGCUUUAGCUCACUCUUGUGGUGGUGUUUCAUGCAGACGAUCAGAAACUUUGAGAUUGUGAAAUAGUACCAUCCUAGUGUAGUGGCAGGGGAAGCUCACACUGGUAGAAUGAGGGGGAAAUAAUAAUGGGUUAUUUUUAGCUACUUACCCACCCGCUUCCCUGCCCCAGCCCCUGGUUGAGAAGCCCAGGAAUGGCUGGGGCAGGCCACACAGCAGGUCAGAGCCAAAGACAAGGCAGUGGAAUCCAGGGCAUCUUGAUGGCCAGUCCUGAUCUCCCAGGCCGGACCCUCCGCCAUGGCCUGGACCACCCGUAGGCGGUGCCUGAAUCAGCUGUAUCUCCAGGGAGCCACCCCCGCUGCCCCACUGCAAGGUCUAUGGACAUGGCAGCACCCAGAGAGCAGCGGACGGCUCUGGGAGCUCUGCAGAGAGCUGAGAGGGGCAGUGUGGGUGCCCUGGGCCUCGCCCUCACCCCGCCUCUUAGGGCUCUGCAGGAUUUGGGCUGAUUCUCCCCGCUCCCACGGGGGGAACGUCUGGGGGUCUCGUCUCAGGAGCCCUCUCAGCAUUCCAGACACAGAUCCAGCGGCCCGGUGGGUGGGCCGCCCCACGCCCACCCCGGAGCCCCUAGGGGAACUGCCGCCUACC